AUGAACGCCAAGCCGGAGCGGGCCACUGUCCAGCGUGUUGCUGACUCCUAUCGAAGCUUCAUCGGCUCAGCAGCCAUUGCAAUUGUCAUUGCAUACCUCGAGUCCCAGGACACACUCAAGCACUCCGAUGAUAAUCGUGUCCAAUUCGCUACUUACGCGCUGGACAAGCUUCGCUUCUUGUACAAGAAGGCAAACGGUGAUGAUAAAUCUAAGUUCCGCGGCCUUUAUCAAGGUGCCUUCGUGGUGCAAACAUUUGGCGCCCACUUCACUGCUAUCAACGGCGCUCGCAAGAUACAUGGACUACUAGACAAGCCGGAAGAAGACUUGAAUCCUGCUGGGGGUCUAGCACUGUCAUGUGCUGUGGUUGAACGAGCAUUGACGCUUAUCGCUACUCGUACCAUAACCAUCGAAAUGGUUCUCGCUGCCAAGGGCAAAUCUAUACCCUUGCCGAAGACACUCAAUCACUCAACCGGCAAAGUCUCCAAUCGCCAAACGGGCUUCAAUGACGUCACCUGGGGUUCUUCCACGCGCUCAUAUGUGAAGUCGAUCGUGAAAAGCCUCCGAGAGGAGAAGUUCCAAGCCAUCAUCACUUCUGCGAAGGAAUUUUCCAAGAAGAGCCAUCGUUCUGGCAAUGAUAGAGCCGUCGAUGACGCUGUGGAUGAUGAAGACUUUGACGAACGCGCCCAGCUCGUGGACAUCUCGGAGUCCGAGUCUGGGUCCGAAGACUCGGAUGGCUCUGACGUGGAGUAG